GACGCUUACGAGGUGGUCAUGUGACGUGAACCGUGCAAUAGAGAAGAAACCAUUUCCUCCCUAUCCGCCUUUCCCCCCAACGUCCGCCGCGGAGGCCGUCUUCCCCUUCCCUGGAGUCAGCAGAGCCGCCUUCUCGCCGAAGCAGGCCCGCUACAACUAAGGCUUCCUCGCCUCCACCUCUACCUGGUUGGUGUGCCAUCUGGACGCGAUUCGUUUCGUCGGCAACCUGUUGGAUGGCCUGAUAUUCACGAUUUUGAGGUGGAUUUGAUGUGAAACACGAUGAACACGAAGAACAUGGGAGAAAACUUGAGAGGAAACACUCACAUAUACAAGACCAAAGUACACAAAUCUCGUGCCAAAUAGAGAUACACCUCAAGGAUCCAACAACAAGGAAAAAAACAUAAUGUCUUUUGAAGAUAAAGCAAUGGCUAGUCGUAUCACCUCGCCCUCAUCAAAAGCUACGGUAUCAGAAUCAGAUCUUCGGAUAAUAAAUGUUGCAUCAAAUGUGGAUCAUUCUCAAGCAAAUAACCAGGCAAGUGCAGUCCUCGGUCCAGUGGCUAUCUUUUGGGACAUUGAGAACUGCCCUGUUCCAAGUGAUGUACGGCCAGAUGAUGUUGCUGGGAAUAUACGGAUGGCAUUACGGCUGCAUCCUGUUGUUAACGGUGCAGUUACAGUUCUCUCUGCUUAUGGAGAUUUCAAUGCUUUCCCUAGAAGACUCAGGGAGGGAUGUCAGAGAACCGGAGUCAAACUUGUCGAUGUUCCAAAUGGGCGGAAAGAUGCUGCUGAUAAGGCUAUACUGGUAGAUAUGUUUCUCUUUGCUCUGGACAAUCAUCCACCGUCAUCCAUUAUGCUUAUAUCUGGUGAUGUGGACUUCGCUCCCGCUCUCCAUAUACUUGGUCAGCGUGGAUACACUAUUGCCCUUGCGAUUCCAUCUUCAGUUACCGUCUCAUCGGCUUUGAGCAGUGCUGGGAGUUUCGUGUGGGACUGGCCUAGUCUUGCCCGUGGUGCAGGCAGUGUACCCCCCAGAUCCUUAGGGCAUCGUGCUGCUGAUCCUUUAGUCUGUCCUAACAGUGUAACACCGGGGAAAUUUCCUGACAUACAGACUGAAGAGGAGGCCAUUGCUUAUAUGGGAACUUUUAGGAAUGAAUAUAGUGGCAGAACAACCAGCAACCAGAUUAAUUGCUAUAACUCUUCACAGGUCACCAGGGAAUCAUGCAAAGCUUUCUGCACUCUGGCGGAUGGCAGUUGUGGCACCGGCACGUCAUCGAGGUCACAUCAUGUAUCAGGUGGUUUGAAUGAAGUCCCAGUGAUAGACCAAGGAUUUACAGGCGAACAAUCAUGGUGGGUUCGUCCCGGUGAUCUUCAAGGCUUGAAGGGUCAACUAAUAAGGUUAUUUCAGUUAUCUGGUGGAUCUGUUCCACUUGUCCGUGUUCCUUCAGAGUAUUUAAAGCUGUUCGGAAGGCACCUGUAUGUAGCAGAAUAUGGAGCUGUAAAACUUGUUCAUCUUUUCGAAAAGCUGGCUGAGUCUUUUGUUGUCAUAGGGAAGGGUCAGAGGAAGAUGAUUUGCCUACGCAAUUCUGCUGAUAGGAACAUGAAGAAAUAUCCAAGCACACCAAUAAUUUUGAAAAAUGAAAAGAGAUUGAAUGCUACUCUCGAGGAAGGUACUAGUGAAACAUGUCAGCAGUUGAGCAGCUCAUCAGAAGAUCUCUCAGAGGAUGAACAGAACAUUAACCCUGACGUAGAUGGAGCAUAUGUGUUUGAUAGCCAUCUAUACAAGUGCAGAACAGAGGUCGAGGCUCUUCUUGUCUGUUACUUGUCGUGCCCUCUUCCACUCUCUCAUUUUGAAUCCCUGUAUGAGCAACGGUACAAGAAGACUCUCGACUACCAGAGCUGUGGAGUUGAUGGUCUGGAGGAACUGCUUAACAAGUUAAAAGAUGUUGUCGAAUUGAAUGUAGAUGAGAUCAGCAACAUGAAGUUCAUCAAAGCCAAGUCACCAAAAUGUAGUCCCUCAAAGCCAUGUUAAAUGGUGGUUGUCUUAAUAUCAGUAGUAUAGUCACUUGAGUACUUAAGAUUUUGUUUCCUCGCUGAGCAUGUUUGUCAAGCACUGGGCUGACGUCUAUUUUAAUCAUGUCGGUGGGAUAGGUGCAGACGUGCAGUUGCACAGCAAAUGCUUGCAAUAAUAUCUUGUUCUGCUAAUCUAAUCGAAUAGAUGGUUGCUUCAUUUA